AUGAAGUCUUUUGUGGCAAAGGUGGAAGAAGGAGUUAAAGGGGAAGAUGGAAAGCCAUCGGUAGGUCCGGUGUACCGGAAUAUAUUGUCAGAGAAAGGUUUUCCCCCUCGUGAUUCUGAUAUCACGACCACUUGGGACAUUUUCAGUAAAUCAGUGGAGAAAUUCCCUGGUUACAAAAUGCUUGGAUGGCGUCAAAUUGUCGAUGAGAAGGUUGGACCGUAUAUGUGGAAAACGUACAAGGAAGUAUCCGAAGAAGUUCUCCAGAUCGGCUCUGCGCUACGAGCCGCGGGAGCUGAACUUGGGUGUCGAGUGGGGAUUUAUGGAGCUAAUUGUCCUCAAUGGAUCAUAGCAAUGGAGGCUUGUGCGGCUCACACUCUAAUCUGCGUACCUCUAUAUGAUACCCUGGGUCCAGGAGCAGUCGAUUAUAUCGUCGAUCACGCGGAGAUCGAUUUUGUGUUUGUCCAGAACACAAAAAUUGAAGGACUUCUUGAGCCAGAUUGCAAAAGUGCAAAACGUCUAAAAGCUAUCGUUUCUUUCACUAUUCUAAGCGAAGAGCAGAGAAUUAAGGCUUCAGAAAUUGAAGUCAAAGCAUACUCGUGGCUCGAUUUUCUCCAUUUGGGACAAGAGAAGCCGGAAGAGAUCAACCCGCCUAAACCGUCUAACGUGUGCACCAUAAUGUACACUAGCGGAACAAGCGGUGAACCUAAAGGUGUGGUUUUGACCCACGAAGCGGCCGCGACUUGCGUUAUUGGGAUGGAUCUCUGCUUGGACCAGUUCGAAGACAAGAUGACACAUGACGAUGUUUAUCUCUCGUUCUUACCGUUGGCUCAUAUUCUUGACCGUGCGAAUGAGGAAUACUUCUUCCGUAAAGGCGCUUCCGUUGGCUAUUACCAUGGAGAUUUGAAUGCAUUACGCGAUGAUAUUCAAGAAUUGAAACCGACUUUUCUAGCCGGAGUUCCGAGAGUCUUUGAGAGGAUCCAUGAGGGUAUUCGAAAGGCUCUUCAGGAGCUUAACCCAAGAAGGAGACUCAUCUUCUAUGCUCUCUAUAAAUAG